GAGUACCGAGACAUUUUGAUGCAGUGGAUAUUACCUAAAGCCCAAGUUUUCCAACAUUGAUAGGCCCAAGUAACAUGAAGGCCCAAUUCCAAUAUCUGGUGUCGAAUUGGUUAAAAGAAAGGGUAGGAGGUAGAUUAGGUAGAUUUUUGAAUUUUGGUUAAAAGUUUAGGUUUUUAGUUUCUCUCUAGUUUGGACUCUUCAAUCUCUUGCACAAGCAUUCAAGUGAAGUUUGGGGGUUUGCCCCUUUGAGGGAGGGAUGCGCACCUGGGAUGCCCGUGCUCACUAUCUGAGGGGCUGGAGUAGGCAUGAUAAGGGGGAUUAUGAUCGACUAACUCGCCAAACCUAUGGACAUAAUCACGUUCGUGACGAGAGUACGGAGUGGUACGAGUGACGCUACAACCAAAUUUGGUACGAUCUACCUCCUGCCGUGCGAGCUGAGCUAUAUGAACAACACUAUGAUCAUCCUCAAUCGGAUCCCAAGCGGGUUGACCGGAAUGAAUGGCAAGAUAACUGGUAUGAAAGAUCGUGCAAAACGGGCGUUAACAAGUAUGCUUACGAGAGAGACACCCGGUUUGACUGGUGUCAAGAUAGCACUGUGAAACUACAUGAUAGGCGUCGACUUCACGACGAUAUAGCAGAAGGGUACCAUGAUAGAAGUGAUUGGCAUGAUCAUCGUGAUAAUUGGCCUCUCAAGCAAAAUCAAUCUUGUGAUGAUAGAGCUGAUUGUUGUGCUCUACUUUGUGAAGACAAAAUUGACAAGAAUGAACAUUGGUCUGGUGGCAAGUCAUUUGCUGUGAACCCUCAGAUGGCGGAGCAAGAUUCACUCAGUUUGCUAAAAGGGGCAGUCGAAAACCUCAAGAGAAUGAUGAGUCGACAAUGGGAUACAAUGGAACAAAAGCUGGUUAUGGUUGAGAAGGAAUUAAAUGUCAGAAGUUCCAAUGUGCUCAAGGCUAAAGAGAAGUGGGGAACUCAGUAGGGUCAUGUUGAUCAACCUCUGAUUGAUUUAGCUAUUUCUAAGGAAAAUGAAGCUUCAUUGAUUGUUGAAGGGAGGGGUCCUGGUGAGCAGUCUAAAAUGAAAGCUGACAACUGGAAGCUUAAAGUCCCAAACUCUAUGAAGGAACGGCAAUCAAAAAAAGAAAACCAUGUUGGUGGGAAAAUGAAUCUCAUGCAAAGGUUUGCAUGCAUCUCCAAAAUAAAUGAAGUUGUUUCACUUGUUGAGGAGGUUGGAGAUGAUAAUGGUAAGGACAGGGCUAAUGAGUACUCGAACAAGCCUCUGGUGGAUCAUUUUUCUAAGGGAAAUUUAGAUAAAAUUGGUUGUCAUGAUGUGGACAGGAAUAAAGAGAAGGUGAUGGGUUGUGCUGAUGUGUUAGCACCUCAGUGUGAGCAAGGAAAGAUAGGUACGAAGACAAUCAAUGUCCUUUGUCUCAAGAUCAACUAUCAACCAUACAUGAUGUUCAAAUACCCAAGUGUAGGCUGGACAAGUUUCAAUAGCCUUCUUUGUACUAAUGAAGUCAAUAUUCCCAAGUCAAAUCUCUGGUGCUCUCCUUCUUACACAUAUCCAAGGAAUGCGAAAGGGAACGUGCUGGUUACUAGUGGGAAGCGUGGCCAAGAGUUUGGGUUGCUGGAAAUGUCAAUAUUUGCAAACAAGUUUUGUUGCGAGAGACUAAAGGAUGCAUAUGAGUGGAAACUUGCUUCGUUAGUUCUCUCUAGAGAUGAUGUUGUUGAUAACAUGGAAUAUGCUAUUGCAGAUAGUGCUUCUGUCCUUGCUGCAUCAUUCUUUGAUAUUGUCUUGCAUGAAUGGCCUAAUUGUUUGAAUAAUGGUCCAAUGGUGGUGUUUGGUGUCCAAGGUUCUUGUCAAGCCCUUAUGGGUAUGAUUCCUCUAUCUCUAAAGUUAACCAUUCCAAGAAGGCCACAAUGGGAUCCCGGUGGAGCUAGCUGUCUAUCCUAAUUCGACGGAGUCGAAUUCAAUGGAGAGAGAGGAAAUGACGUAGUGGAUAUUACCUAAAACCCAAGUUUUCCAACAUUGAUAGGCCCAAUUCCAAUAUUUGGUGUCGAAUUGGUUAAAAGAAAGGGUACGAGGUAGAUUAGGCAGAUUUUUGGAUUUUGGUUAAAAGUUUAGGUUUUU